AGUGGAGGAACUUCCCAAGGUUCAUCUCCUCAUGGUCCUUCUUCUCAAGGUUCUUCUCCCCAAGGUCCAACUCAUGGAGGUUCCUAUCCCCAAGGUCCCACUUCUCAAGCUCAUCCCAACAAGGUACUCCUCUUCAAAGUUCAUCUUCCCAAGGUUCUUCAGGUCCAGGAUGCAACUGUUCCCAACCUUCCCAACCCCCUCAACAUUUGCCAACCCUCCCAACACAUCCCAACCUGUUUAUGUUGUUCCCUAUCCUGUUCCCAUUGUUCCCAGUCCCAGCAUGUGUCCCUGUUACUUCGUUACCUCCGGGAACGGCACAAAUCCACCUUCAGACCCCAACCAAGGUUCCCUUCCCCCAGGGUAUGUGGUUGGAUACAUACCAGUUGUUUUCUACCCUUACUGUUCCGGUAAUGGUGAAGACCAACAGCAAGCUAUCAGGCCUUUCUUUCCCUCAGCUUUUGCUGUGCCUUAUCAGUGUAGUCAGUGUAAUUCAGGGGCGUUAUCCAAGAGGGUAGUGAACAAUGAGGCUCAGCAGCAGAGUUAUUUCAGGGAUGCUUUGAAGAACAGUCAUUUAUAUGAUGAUAGGGUUAAUGUGCAGUACCAGAAAUCAGUGACAACAAAGAGGGGGAUAUUUGGAGAUCGUAUUGUUCCAAGGAGGAGGAGUGUUUCUCCUGUAGAAUGAAUAAAAGUUUCUAAUGAGACUUGUCCACAAGUUAUG